CAUAGAGAUAGACUAUAGAAAUAGAGGAAGCCGAAAGCGACCUAGCCUUAUUGAUAUUGGAGCUUGAUGGAUAUUUCUUGCUAUUUGCCAAAAAUUUUGAUUGGCUUGAUUUGAUGAUGAUUUGGCUGGCCGACACAUAUUCCAAAAAGUGAAUAUUGAAACGUUGUUGAUUAUAAGUUUAUUUUUAUGUGACCAUACCCAUAAGGCUCAAUAUGUAUCUCCCAUCAUUAACUAAUGUGUUGGGAAUUAUAUUCUUCGUUUAUAUUGCCCAUUCAAUGUGGACAAUGGCCCAGCUAUUCAGGAGCUUGGAGUGUACGUCUGUGCCUUGUUACCAGUCUUUUUUAGGAAAGAAGCCAGAAAUGCAGCUAGCGCUCUUUACAUCAGUGUCUAGGAAUCCAAUUGCAACAGAAACCACAAAAAUUAUGCAUUUAAACAAUUUUAAUUACUCUGCUCCUUUCGAAAAAGAUAUCGUAUUGAGUAUUCCUCCAAAGACUCGCCGAAAUGGCACACUCCACAUGCAAGUGGUUUUUGCGCUCAAUGGCCAACCGUUGGAGUGGAAAACCUUGAAAAGAGACGGACCGACUGUGAUACAUACUAUGAGCUUGACGGAGUAUUUAAUUCCAAAAGUCGAGACAUUUAAUUUGUGGAGUGAAAACGAAUCUCCAGCAGCCAAUCCAUCGAAAGAACAACCAAAAAGCACUUCAUCAACACUAAAACAAGUGACACAUAUUAAAUCUAAAGCGUGCAUAACAAUUCUUACCGAUUCAAUAAGUCUAUCGCAAAAAGAUGCCCCACCUGAGCUUGCCCAUCUUAUUCGUGUAAACCGUCAUGGUGAAAUACUUCCAAUUAUUAAGACUGACUUCUUUGACACGAGGAUAAAGCAUUUAGUUAAAAUAAAUAAAAACACAACCCAAUUCAACCUAUCUCUAAAGUACAAACCAAUAGGAAUUGGAAAAUUACGUUUAAUGUUACUGAUUGAACAUGCUACAAACUCGAUGUACACGUUAGGUUUCUCAAAAAAAGAUGUCGACGAAGUAAAGGGAAUUUUUUCGGAUACAAAUGUUUAUUUGUUGUGUGGAUCUCUGAUCGUUGGAAGUGCUCAUCUCCUAUUUGAUUUUCUGUCAUUUAAAAAUGAUGUACUAUUCUGGCGUGGAAAAUCGUCAUAUGAAGGACUUUCAACACGAACCACUGUCUGGAGGGCAGUGUCUCAAAUUAUUAUCUUUUUUUACUUGAUGGAUGAAAACACAUCUCUCCUAGUUUUGAUUCCUGCAGGCAUCGGAGCUUUGAUUGAGAUGUGGAAAUGUAAAAAGAUACUUAAACUCGAAAUCAACUUAUUGGGAAUUAGUAAGAUAACAUCAAAUACAAGCGGAAAAGCGGAAAUGACAACAGAAAAUUACGAUCGGGAAGCUAUGUGGUACCUGAACUUUAUUUUGUAUCCCCUUUGUCUGGCUGGAGCCGUAUACUCUUUGCUGUACCAACCACACAAGAGUUGGUACUCUUGGACACUAAACUCCCUUGUGAAUGGAGUCUACGCAUUCGAUUUUAUAUUUAUGCUACCACAGUUGUUUGUUAAUUACAGACUGAAGUCAGUUGUUGCCUUACCGUGGCGUUCUUUCAUGUACAAAGCAUUUAACACUUUUAUUGAUGACAUAUUCGCUUUUAUAAUAACGAUGCCAACAUCUCAUCGUGUAGCUUGCUUUAGGGAUGAUGUAAUAUUUGUGAUUUACCUUUACCAACGGUGGCUGUACCCUGUGGACAAGUCACGGUUAGAUAGUGGUGUGGUAGUCGAGGACGUAAAGAACGGAAGCAAUUCAGAAAGUCAAAUAAUAGAAAAGAAAAAUAAGUAGAAAAAAAGAAAUGUUUGUUUUUUUUUUUUGUAUUAAAUAUUUAUAAGUUGUUGUUUUAUAUUUCGGACCUAUUGAUUAACACUAUUUACCAUUUAUCAAUUGGAGGUCAAAGAAUUAGUUUAUUUAAACUUUUUAUUUUUAAGUGACUGUCCAUUUUUACAUUCCUUUCUUGACCUCUAAAUAUAUCUGUAUUUGUAAUUGAUUCACUCGUAUUAUAGAACUUACGGCUAAUAAAACAAUACUAUACAAUUAAUACAAA